AUGAAUCCUUCUAGAUGUGGUCUCGUACUCAGUCUUGAGGAGAAGAGACCAUUUGGGAACUUAUGUUCAUCCAAACCCCUCUCUCUCUCUCUCUCUCUCUCGCUCUCCACCAUUGAAUGGGGCCCCUCAGAAUCCGUGGAUGCUGACUUAAACGGAAGAGCCCCGCGUCCCUCGUCGCUGCAGUUCGAGGGAAGAUGGAGACCAAGGUGCUGGCGGUCUUGCUCCUGGCGGUCUCUUCCUUGCUCGUCGCCGGCGCCGCUCUCCCGCAGCCCGUUCGACCAUCCGGAGUGCUCAGAAGAGCGCCUGGGGAACUGCCCCGUUUACUGUCCGAGGUACUGCCUUAAGAUCGGAUUCAAGUCCUCCGCCUGCAACCGGCAGCCGGGUCCUACUGCUGCUGCACCGGCAGCCGGGUCCCCACGCCGUCCAGGCGUUGAUGGCGUCGAGAGUUGA